AAUCAAUGCCACAUAGACAACGUUCCCAAAGCUCCCAACCAGCCCAGAAGCUCUGACAUUGUCAAUUCGCAAAUACCACCUGUCAUAUGGAUGCUAAACGCAAGCUUAUCAACCUCUUGGUCGAGAAUUUGGGAAACAAGCUUCCUCAGCUACUUAAUUCCGAUAAGAAAGGCAUUGAUCAAGUGGGUGGAUAUGACUUUGACAGAGAUAGUCUGGUUGCUGCGAGUGAAGGCUCCUUAGCCGAGGUCCUUGACAGCUUGGUGAACUUUCUCCAACAACUCUCAAAGGUUAGGGAUCAUUAGGAUUCAUCAUGUUCUAAGCUUAGUAGCGUCAUCAGGCACCGCUACAUGAAAAGUUUCCCGGAGUAGACUAUCGUCCUGUGGAAACGGCUUUCCUCUGCCUCGUCGCUGA